AUGAUAUUAUAAGACUACUUGCUUUUAUAUUGUGUUAUAUAACGUCCCAUUGUUUUCGUAAAACGAAAUCAUUGCUUAAUUUCUUAAUCUUGAUUAUGAAAUGCUUUUAGCGAGUGUUGCUCAAGUAUAUUGCAAAUGGACCAAAAUAUUUAUACAAUUGUUAAUGAUUUCACCUAAUGCUCUUAAAAUUCAGCAGCGUUCACCUAAUUAAUUGUCAGUCGAUGUCACGUCUAACGUAAAUUACUAUUUAAGAUCAAAACUUCAAUCCAAUUUGGAAUUGUUUAAACCUUAAUACUGGACCCCAGCAAGUUAUUCUUAAAAUUUGCUGACAUUUGAAAUUCAUAAACUUUCUUGAAGCAUGCUCAAGUCACAUAUCACAAUCCAAAACCAAUUAUAAUUAAAGAAGAAAAACUAAUUACAAUUAUCAUUUUUCUAUGCAAGAAUCUGUGACUGGAAACUCACAAGAAGCUAGUUUUGACAGUCUUGGCAGAGUUUCAUUUAAGAAAGCAUUUACAGAGAGUAACUGAUAUGAAAGAGAGAAAUGAUACAGAGAUUACUUGUGGAUCAAUGUCUAGUGUUGCUCCUAUUCCAUCUUGCUCCCCGGCCGAGCUACCUGUGCCGAUGACACCGUCUCCAUUCUCGUUUUCUGUUGCAACAAUUCGAUGGAGCUCUCGAUCACCAUUUCAGGCUGCCAAUCUCUUCCUCCGGUUACUAGCGCUCGUAUUUUCCUUUAGCUCCGCUCUCUCACUAGCUGCCCCAUCACCUGCAAAGACCAUGAUCGGAAAAUCCCCAAGCUUCUACGAUGACACAAAAUUACUGUACUGCUUCAUUGUGAACAUUUUGACAUUCCUAUAUGCAGCCUAUCAGCUCUUUAAAGGAAUCUGUGACAUUGCCCACAGAGGUGUGUUCAUCUCCGACAUGGUAUCGGACUAUAUCAGCUUCAUUUUUGAUCAGGGGUUCAUGAGCAAACGAAGGCCAAGUGAGAAUGAAGUAAGCUUGAGUGUUGCAAAUGGGUUUCAAGUGAAAGUUGAAUUCAUAGGAGUAGUGAAGUUAACUUUAGAGUCUAAUUUUUAUCUUGUUUUGGAAAAUACAGUUUAUGUACCGUAG